AUGGCACCCCCCGACCUAGAUCCCCUAUCUGCCUUCUUCGCUCCAUUCGUGCACCUAGCCAACGCGGGCCGUACGUUCAACGACAACAACAACAACAACAACCAGCAGCGGCCGCCCCCUCCUCCACCCGACUUCCCCUUCGGGGGCGGUCCCUUCGGCAGCUACCAUCCUCCCCCUCCUCCCCCUCCUCCCGGAUGGGCCACCCGAGGAGACGAGUGGUCUCCCCGUCACCACCGCGGCGGUGGUCGCGGCGGCUACGGACGCGACGACUGGCGCCACGGCGGCGGCGGCGGUCCCGGUCACUUUAGAGACUGGUCCCUUCACAGCGGCAGCGGUGGCCCCGGCGGACAUGGACACGAUCACGAGCAGCGAUUCGGAACUCGAGGAGGCCGCGGCCAAGGCCGUCACUCCUGGGGUGGUCGUCACCCCGAGCACUUCUCCUGGGGCGGUCACGACCACCACACGGACGACGACGAUCGCACGGCGGUAGGCGCCACCGCUGCCGGCGGCAAGGACGCCCCCGAUCCCGAGGAGGUCGCUCCCGGUGACGACAGCGACAAGGACACGGACCUUCCCCCCCACAUGCGUGGCGGCGGCGGCGGUCGCGCCGGACGCUACGGCGGUGGUCGUGGCGGACGUCGUCACGGUGGCGGCGGCGGCGGCGGCGGCGCUCACGCUGCUCAUCACCACCCUCAUCACCACCGUGGCGGUCCUGGUCCUGGUCACGGCCCUGGCAACGCUUAUAGUCUGAUAGACACCCACGCCCACGGCGGUCCUCACGGUGGCCCCCACGGCUCCCACCACUACCCGCCCCCUCCUCCUCCUCCUCCUCCUGCUGCUGCUGCUGCUGGGGCCGGCGCCGGUCUCGAACUCAGCAGCCUCGACAUGGGUACCCUCCUCCGCACGCUAGGGAGCCACCCCGUCCUCCAGCAGUUUAUAGGCCAGUACAUGAACCCCGGAGGCGACGCGCGCGAAGUCAGCGGCAGCGGCAGCGGCAGCGGCGGCCUGACCCCUCCCGUCGACAUCUUCGACACGCCGGACGCUGUGAUCCUGCACUUCUCCCUCCCCGGCACGCGCAAGAAUGCCGUCGACGUCGUGUGGGACCCUGACGCCCGCCAGGUCCGCAUCGUGGGUGAAGUGCGCCGUCCCGGCGACGAGGACCUCGUCGCCAGCCUCCAGGGCAUUGGGGAGCGCCAGGUCGGCCCGUUCGACCGCCGCGUCCAGCUCCCCGGCACGGAGGCUCUCGAUGGGGAUGCCAUCACCGCCCGUAUGGAGGAUGGCGUCCUCAUGAUUACGGUGCCCAAGGUUGAGAAGCCCUGGUGUGAGCUGCGCAGGAUUGACGUCGAGUAA